AUGGAGUCUAGAAAGUUACGAUCGAAGAGCCUGAAAGUGGAAAGCAAGGCGUUGUUUGAUUUUGAUAAUGUGAAUGAGUAUUUGUAUAGCGAUAAGGAGAUUGCGAUUGGUGGUAAUGGGGCGGUGUAUCAUUAUUAUGGGUGUGGUAUGCCCGAGUUGCCGAAACUCAAGUCCAACACAAAGAUAGUUGAACGACAAUUGCCGAGACGACCACCAAAGGAGGAUCCAUUACCUGAUACUACCUACGAUAUUUUUUACCGCCGAAUGAAGAAGAAUGAGAAGCAGAUGUCGAAUGAGGAGAGAAUCAAGAACUUAUGGGAGUUGGAUACGUUACAGUCUCAGUUGGAGAGGUUGACGCAGUAUGAUUGGAUUAGGAGUUUACCGGAUAUUACUGUGAUUAAGGAUAUGAAGGAUUAUGAUGAGUUGGAGAGGAAGAAGGAGUUGACGAUUAAAGAGAUUGAACGGUUAUUGCAGAAGCACGAAAACUGGAGAAAACGGAAGGAAGUGCACAGCCAAGAGAUGAAGGAGUGGUAUGGUGGUUCUGAUUCUGAGUAUGAUGUGCCGAUAGAGGAGUUGAGAGAGAGAAGGAAAUUGGAAAAAAGACAGCGGUAUGGGCCAGUGAUAAGACUAAAUUUGGGGAACGACUAUUGUUUGGUGAUUGACCCGCUUGCCACCCCCAAAAUUGAAAAAUGUGAAGAACCGCCAAAGCCAAAGGGCAAGCCCAUAACCAAGCUAGAGGAUGUGGAGGAUAUUUCGCAAAUUGAUAUUCAAACAAAAGACAAUAUACUUUUUGGUACUAAUUUCGAAGAUAUACCUACAUACCGCAACGGGUUCCAGCUCCCACUACAUAUGAGGAGAAUGAUGCACAAACAAGCUAAAUGA